AUGGCAUUCCCGCCUGGCCCAUCGUACGUUGCCCGCACGCUUGCAAUCCUCUUCAUUGCCCCGGCCACAGUGGUGAUCUUGAUACGACUAUCGAAUCAGAAUACUUACUUGACGAUUCCCGGAUGGCUGACCGUGAUCCUCGCUUUCUUGAGCAUCCCCGUCUGUGGGGCCAUCGCCGUUCAAGUGCGAUAUUGGAGAAUCCGACAUGCAGCAGCGCGACUGGGAGCGACUUUCCCGCCGACCUGGAUGGGCACGAGAUUUGGGAAUCUCGAUACCUUGCGGAACUUGCUGCACUCGUUCAAACAUGGCUAUCCAGGAGAUUAUAUAUGGGAGAAGUUCAGUGAAUUAGGGCCCACAUUCCGACUGAAUAUCUUGUGGGAUCAUGGUACUUUGACCUGUGACCCUGCCAUCAUCAAAACUGUGCUUGCUACGGAAUUCCAAAACUAUGAGAAGGGCCCGUUGUUCAAGGAGCAGAUGGGCUCGGUGCUUGGAACAGGCGUAUUCAAUUCUGAUGGUACAUGGCACCGAGCUAUGACCCGCCCGUUCUUCAGCAAGGACCGCAUCAGCCACUUUGAGCUGUUCGAUCGUCAUGCCGAGGAAGCCCUCACAAGGAUGAAUGAACGUCUCCGAGCUGGGUAUGCUGUCGACUUUCAGGACCUGAUCUCACGCUUCACCUUGGAUUCCGCCACAGAGUUCCUCUUCGAAUCCUGCGUGCAUUCCCUGUACUCGCCCCUCCCUUACCCUCACAACCUGACCCGCAGUCCCUUCUCGGACACUACUAAAGGCGAGCUCGAUCGAGCCGAGGCUUUUGCGCGGGCGUUCGCCAAGGCGCAGCACGUCGUGUCGGAGCGUGCACAACUCGGAAAAAUCUGGCCGUUCUUUGAAAUAUGGAGGAACAAGACGGACGAGUAUAUGCGGGUCGUCGAUGACUAUCUCGGCCCUAUCUUGCAGGAGGCGCUGAGGAAGAAGGAGCAGAUGAUUAAGGAGGAAAAGUGGGGAAGGGAUAAGGAUGAAGCUGUGGAGGAUGAUGACACCUUGCUGGAUCACUUGGUCAGAUAUACGAGUGACCCGGUUGUUCUGCACGAUGAGGUUCUCAACAUCCUGAUCGCAGGACGGGAUACAAUAGCAGUCUCUUUGACCUUCGCAGUCUACUUCCUCUGCAUAUACCCUGCUGCCUUGAAGCGCUUGCGUUCCGAGAUUUUGGAGAAGGUUGGAUCCCGCCGGAAGCCUACGUAUGCGGACGUUAAAGAGAUGAAGUUCCUUCGAGCGUUCAUCAACGAAACGCUGAGGUUGUAUCCUGCUGUCCCGUUCAAUAUUCGUCUGUCGGUCAAUGAAGGUUUGCUCCCGAAUCCUGAUCCGAAUGGAAAGCCGUACUAUGUCCCGCCUAGAACGCCAGUUUCAUACUCGGUGUUCGCCAUGCAUCGCAGGACAGAAUACUGGGGACCUGAUGCUCAAGAAUUCGAUCCGGACCGUUUUUUGGACGAGCGGGUGACCAAGUACCUCACGCCGAACCCGUUCAUCUUCCUUCCAUUCAACGCGGGUCCGCGCAUCUGCCUCGGCCAGCAGUUCGCAUACAACGAGAUGUCUUUCUUCCUCAUAAAGCUCUUGCAGCGCUUCUCCGUGAUGGAGCUGGUGCCCGAGGCUGCCCCGCAGGAUUCGCUGCCGCCGAGAGAGUGGGCAGGCCUGCCUGGGCGUAAGGGUGUAGAGAAAGUCUGGCCGAAGACGCAUCUUACUCUGUAUGCGAAUGGCGGGCUUUGGGUGAGAAUGACGGAAACGCCGCAGGACGAGCUGGACAGCGCUGAGAUGUAA